ACAUUUUGAAACUUCAAGUGCAAAAAAUGACAGAGUAAAAUGUUUUAUUAAUUCAGGGUCUAAGGUCUGAUGCUUUCAUUUGCCAGAUUUUAACAGGCGUUCAUUAGGGCAUCAAAGGAUGAGAGGUGAAGAAUAGACACUGAUAGAAUUUCAAAGAGGUAUUGGGCGCACUAAAUUUAAUGUAAGAAAAUGAGGGAGAGGAGAGAAAAGGUUUUGUAGGCAACUCUGCUGAGAGAGAAUGUCCGUUGUGGAAAAGAUGUCUGUAUGAGAGGGAGAGCAGGGAAAGGGGGAGGAGUGCACGCAUGCACUGCAGCACACUCGUGCGUAAAUGUGCCCAUCUCCGCCUUGGAACCUGCAUCCCUCACUCCUCACCACUGGCACCGGCUCCUCUCCCCCUCUGCUAACCCGGGAUCACCUGUGUGGUGAUCUGCUCUUGGACCGUGGAGUCCCGGGUGUCUCGGCUCGGCGCGCUCCUCCAGGGGCUGGGGGCAGCGCCGGGGAACUCCUCCAGGUUCCUGCCGGGCUUCGUGUCCACAGCCGGGGAGAACCAUGGCUCCGAGCGGCGGGAGAGACGCGGCUCGACCCGCUCCAGGAUGCCCGUGAUGCGGGGUCUGAUUGCACCUCAGAACACCUUCCUGGACACCAUUGCCACACGAUUUGAUGGGACCCACAGUAACUUUGUCCUGGGGAAUGCUCAGGUCCAGUCUCUCUACCCCAUAGUCUACUGCUCCGAUGGGUUCUGUGAGCUGACAGGCUUUGCCCGCGGCGAGCUCAUGCAGAAGAGCUGCAUGUGUCACUUCCUGUAUGGCAGUGAGACAAGCGACCGCCUCACCUCCCAGAUGCAAAAAGCCCUGGACGAUCGCAAGGAAUUCAAAACUGAAAUCAUUCUGUACAAGAAGAGUGGCUCCAAGUUCUGGUGUCUGCUGGAUAUAGUUCCUAUCAAGAACGAGAAGAGUGAGGUGGUUCUGUUCCUGGUCUCGCAUAAAGAUAUCACAGAAAAUAAGGACCUGGACCAUGACAGUGAUUCUGAAACUGAUGAGGGAACUGGGAUGGAGAUCCACCAGGUCAGUCGCCCUCCUGGGUGCAGCAUGGAGAGGCGGCGCAGUCGGGCCGUCCUUUACCAGCUCUCCGGUCACCUUCAGAAACAGGACAAGACCAAGAGCAAGCUGAAGAUCAACAAUAGUGUUCUUGGAGCCAACGCUAACCCAGUCCCAGAGUAUAAGGUGGCUGAUGUCCAAAAGUCCCGGUUCAUCCUCCUUCACUACGGUGCGUUCAAGGCUGGCUGGGAUUGGCUGAUCUUGUUGGCCACCUUUUACGUGGCCAUCACGGUUCCCUACAAUGUGUGCUUCACUACUGUGGAGAUGAGAGAGGACGGCGUCUCUGCGGCUCGAAACCCUCCAAGCGUCAGCGAUAUCUUGGUGGAAAUACUUUUUAUCAUUGAUAUUGUGUUGAACUUCCGAACGACCUAUGUGAGUACGUCUGGUCAGGUGGUGUACGACGCCCGCUCCAUAUGCAUUCACUACGUCACCUCCUGGCUCUUUGUGGACCUGAUCGCUGCUUUGCCCUUUGAUUUGCUGUAUGCCUUCAAUAUCAGUGUGAACUUUGGGGUCCACCUUUUGAAGACGGUGCGCCUCCUCCGCCUCCUGCGCCUCCUGCAAAAACUGGACCGUUACUCCCAGUACAGCGCCGUGGUGCUCACACUGCUCAUGUCCACGUUCGCACUGCUGGCCCACUGGAUGGCCUGUGUCUGGUACUUCAUCGGACGCAGUGAGAUUGAAAGCAACAACCCCGCGUCCUGGGAUAUAGGCUGGCUCCAUGAACUGGCUAAACGCUUAGGAACUCCAUACUUCCUGACACCCCUGACCUCCCUGCUGGGAGCAUCUGAUCCGCCUCAAGGUCCCGUGGCGGCAGGGCUGGCCAACUACAGCCACUGGAACAGCUCUGGGCUGGACCUGCUGAAUGCGACGGGUUUAAUGGGCUCCGGUCAGUGGAGUGGCAACAGGACAAGGGGAAGGACCCUGAACAGCUCAGGGAUGUCCCUGAAUGGAGGGCCGUCUGUCCGGAGCUCCUAUGUGACCUCACUGUACUUCGCUCUGAGCAGUCUGACCAGUGUGGGCUUUGGCAACGUUUCAGCCAACACAGACUCUGAGAAGAUCUUUUCCAUCUGUACCAUGCUAAUUGGAGCACUAAUGCACGCUGUAGUUUUUGGUAACGUGACGGCCAUCAUCCAGAGGAUGUACUCUCGCCGCUCCCUCUACCACACCCGCACCAAAGACCUGAAGGACUUCAUUCGUGCGCACCGGCUACCCACAGCUCUGGAGCAACGCAUGAUGGAGUGUUUUCAGACAACCUGGUCCGUCAACAACGGCAUCGACGUCAGCGAGCUGCUGAGGGACUUCCCGGAUGAGCUGAGAGCAGACAUCGCAAUGCACCUGAAUAAGGAGCUGCUGCAGCUGCCGCUGUUUGAGUCAGCCAGUAGGGGGUGUCUGCGAUCCCUCUCCCUAAUCAUCAAGACCUCCUUUUGUGCGCCGGGAGAGUUCCUCAUCCGCCAGGGUGACGCCCUACAGGCGAUCUACUUUGUAUGCUCUGGCUCCAUGGAGGUGCUGAAGGAUAACACUGUGCUGGCCAUUCUAGGUCGGGGUGACCUGAUUGGCUCCGACUGUCUGACGCAGGAGGAGGUGAUAAAGACCAACGCCUGUGUGAAGGCUCUGACUUACUGUGACCUGCAGUACAUCAGCCUGAAAGGGCUCCGCGAGGUGCUCUGCCUCUACCCUGACUACGCCCAGAAGUUCCUGACUGAGAUCCAGCACGACCUGACGUACAACCUACGAGAAGGACACAACACAGAGGCAGACUGUGAGAGUAACGGAGGGAUCAUGAAGAAGCUUCCCUCCAUUAAGGAGGAUGAGGAGGGUUCGGGCUCUGAGGGGGAGCAUUCACCCCUCCCUAAGAUAUCCUCCUUCGGCAGACUAGGCCGAGGUCUGUGCUCCCCCCUGCGCUCCCCUCUGCGCUCCCCGCUGCUUCCACCCAGACCCUUCAGAGCUCCCAUUGAUCACAGCCGGCCCUCCAGCCUGCAGAUCCCAGCGGUCAGCUUCAGCUGCCUCCAUCCGGACCUCAGCCCUCGGUUUGUGGAUGGGAUUGAGGCAGAAAAGUACAGCAGUGCAGCUCAGAAGUUUGACUUUUCCCCCAGCGCGGCACAGAGUUUUCUGCCCAGCCCUGAUUCAUCCACCACCGUGACCCAUGACUAUGGUGACACUAUGCAGACUAUUGCAAAGCUAAAGAAUGAGAUGUGUGUCCUCUCCCGUCAAGUCGCCUCUGUGAGUCAGGAUCUGCAGGAAAUGACGCGUCUUCUGAAGCCUCUCCUUAACAAACCCUCCACGGUGCUGAUCCCCUGCCCCGUGACCCCCCCUCCCAGCGUGUCCUCACAAAGCUGCUCCCCAGCUCCACCCCUUAUAGCCCAACACGCACCUGUGGGCUACUCAGAAGAGCAAAGCCCUCCAUCUUUACUUGCACCCGACCCGCCCCCUUCUCCCAUGAGCGCUAGCAAAGUGUUUCAAGGAGACUUUGAUCCACUUCAGUGUUCCCGAACCAUCAGUCCUCCCCACAGUCCCCAUGUCUCCCAUCAGAUCAGUCCCACUCACCUGGUCAGCCAUCACUCAGCUCCCCCGUCACUGAACACCUCCCCUCAUGAACACAUAGCUGUGAGGCAUAUUUGCCCUUCCUCUUCCAUCCCUUCUCUUCCCUCAUCUUGCCACCCAUCAGUCAUCAGCCCCCUCCUGGUGAAUUUCUCAGAAUCUGGCAUACAGCCACAAACAUCUCCACCCCGACUCCCACAACUGUCCCAGCCCCAGUUCACAUCUCACUCUUAUGCCCAUUCUCAGGUUCAUCGCAUGACCCUCCCCCAAACUCCCAGCAUGGCAGAAAACUCCCAAAUGCCUCUCCACAACCUGCAGGAGGUGGAGUGGGCAGAGCAGAGAACCGAGCUCAGCUUCAUGGAUGAAUGCCAGCCGUCAGAGUAAACAGGAGAGCCGAUGGGACACUGACUGAAAGGACCAGCAUGUCACGACUUACUGCAUGACAUUUGCCCCCAAGUUUGGCAAGCCAGCUACGUUGUAAAUAUGCAGUUUUUAAACUGUUAUAAUGAGCACCAUCAAGAAGAUCUGAUAAUAAAAGUUCUUUAAAGGUUUGAUUUGAUCCAGGUAGUUCUUUUUCUCAGAAAUCAUAGAGCUUGGACUGAGUUUCAACAGCAGCUCAGGUAAGAAUGGAAGCCAGAACACUCACUCUCACACUCAUAGUUGCAACACUGGUGAGUGUAGUUUCACG